UGUUACUCGGUCCGAACCCCGAUCGUCGUCUGUCCACGGCUUAUUUCAACCGGACGACAGCAUAGGCGGCGGCGGCGGCGGCUUCCGAACGUCCUCCAUGUCUUCUCCAGCGCCGCUGCCACCACCACCCGCGUGAUUUUUUUUCCCCCUUUGCUCUUAAACUACCCCCAUGAGAAGGAGUUACGCGAUCUCUCCAUCAACGAGAACUGCCGCGACGAUCGCACUUCCGAUAACUAGUCGCGUUCAGUGCUCACCAUUAUCAAGCCCCGUGCACUACAUUAAUAUCGCGUCCUCUAUUCCAAGAUUAAACAUAUGAUAUUCUAACUUUGUGUGUAUUGUGCCUUGUUCUUCAUUCGAAACAGUGUCGUUCGCCGUUCCGCAUACGAAAGUUCCUCCGGACAAGUUGCCCCUUUUGUUAGAAAUUUUAAUCGUCGAGUGUUCGGAGAUUUCGGCUUGGACCAUUUGGUCAGAGUUUUUUUUUCAGCUCGUAUAGGAUAUGACGAGGUGUCGGGUUUUCGGGUCCAAGGGCAGCAUCGUUGCGUCCUGACCGCGCUCGUACAGACCCUAAAAUUGAAUGUCCGAUUCGUUUAAUUCGCGACGCUGUUCAUCCAUUUUCUUAUUCCCUUCCAUGAUUCGCCAGUUCAUUUGGAAAUAAGUGCGACGUAAGAUCCCGAACAAGCUCUCCGCGAGGUGCUCUCGUAAUUGUUUCUAUUAUUUAUUAUUUAUUUUUUUAAUUGGUGAACGAACGCCAGGUGCGAAAAGGAGUGUGGUGGGUGAUGUUGCUGGAGUCGCGAGGACACGCCGGUAGGAAGCAGAGAAACGGUCUGACGCUGAGUUCUUACGGCGGCAUCGGGGGUGUUGCUGGCGGCGUCGGGGUCGGUCCCGGCGUCGUUAGCGGCGUUGGUGUUCAUGGUGCUGCUAGCGAAGAGGACGACGACGACUCGCGAUCGUUGUUGCUCGGUGCUGUUGGAAAAUUGUCAGCCGAUACAGCACCGACGACAGCAACAACGACAAUGCCGACGAGUCCGGGUGAUUGUACGCAUACGGAUCACGAGGGAGAGGACUGCAGUUCCAGUCCUUCGCCGAACAAUAGUCUAUUGAACAAUCUAAACAACAAUUGCAGCAACUCGAAUCGACAGUGCGCCACAGACUUUAGUAUAGCUGCGAUAAUGGCUAGAGACUCGCGUCAACAGCAACAGCAGCAGCAGCAGCAGCAGCAACAACAGCAACAGCAACAACAACAACAACAACAACAACAACAACAACAACAACAGGAUCAUGAGCAACAAAGUCCUAACCAUCACCAUCACCAUCAUCAUCAUCAUCAUCACCAUCAUAGACACUCGCAGCAACAGGCCGUCGGUGGUGGGAAGCUUCAUCAGCAUGAGAGGGAAGCAAGCGGCUCGGGAGUCGGUCGUGUAAGUGCACCGCCGCCGAGCCAGGAUUCCUCGGUCGACAUGGACGACGAGGUCGAAACCGAUGACGCCGGUAGCACCAAUGGCAAGGCUGCCUCGCCUGUAAACCCCUUGCUUCAGGAAUAUUCCAAUUCUGAGGAACUAAGGCACGUCGUGUGUCAUCUCGAGACUAAAGAUCUUUGGGACAAAUUCAAUGAACUUGGCACGGAAAUGAUCAUCACGAAGACUGGCAGACGAAUGUUUCCAACGUGUCGAGUCUCUUUCGAGGGCUUGAGAUCCGACGGUCGUUAUGCCGUACUCAUGGACAUUGUGCCCGUCGACAAGAAGAGGUAUCGUUAUGCGUAUCACAGAAGUUCGUGGCUCGUCGCCGGCAAAGCUGAUCCACCGACCCCUGCGAGACUUUACGUACAUCCCGACUCGCCAUUCACCGGCGAACAACUUCGUAAACAAAUUGUCUCUUUCGAGAAAGUCAAACUCACGAACAACGAAAUGGACCGACACGGACACCUGGUUCUGAACUCGAUGCACAAGUAUCAACCGAGAAUCCACCUGGUUAAACGUCCAGAGUCCGGGCACAAGGAUCCGAUAGAAGAUCUCGAGCGUGAGCCGCACAAGACCUUCGUAUUCCCGGAGGCCAUUUUCACCGCCGUCACCGCCUAUCAGAAUCAGCUCAUAACGAAGUUGAAGAUUGACAGCAAUCCGUUCGCAAAGGGCUUCAGGGAUUCUUCGAGAUUGACUGACUUUGAGAGUUUCCCUUUCAGGGAAACGAUGGAGUCGAUGCUGGCCGAACAGCAAUCGUUGAGGUUUCCACACCGAUUGCCCUUCGAGAUGGGUCAAUUGCAAGCGGGCGCGACGAAUUUGAGCUUGGAGGAGAAGGCGCUCUGGGCAGCGGGUUCGCAAUUCUUGUUAAGGACAGUUGGCCCUUACGCGCAGUUGGUAAACCCAGCUUUGGUAUAUCCUGGUGCAUCGGGAGCAGCGGGCACGAGUCAUCAGCAGCACCAGCAUCAACAGCAGCAGCAACAGCAACAGCAGCAGCAGCAGCAGCAGCAGCAGCAACAGCAACAGCAGCAUCAGCAGCAACAACAAUUGAGUCAUUUGUGGUGGGCGUCGUCUUUGGGUCCGACGUUAUUUGCCGCGGCUCAUCAUUACCAACAACAACAAUUGGCAGCUUCGAGUUCACAACAAAGUCCACCGCCGGGUCCAGCAGCACCGCGACCGAUUUAUCCCUCGGCCCUUGCGCUCGCCCAUCAUCGUUUCUCUCCCUAUCCAUCCUCAGCGAUCAGAAAACCAUCGACCCCGGCGAGCGCCUCGCCUUCGGCAUCGAGAAGAGCAACGCCAUCGCCAACCGACAGCCUUUAUCGCGAGGCCCAAGAUCUCUCGCCCUCGUAGUAGUCGUCGUGAAGACUCUCUCGUGAUCGCGAACAAUUAUCACAACUCCACUCAUAUUCAUUACGAUAAUUAUAUUAAUUAUAUUAAUAUCAAUAAUAAUUAUAAUAACGAUGGUGCGACGACGAAUGCCGUUGAUAUCCCGGUGAGAUAUUUUUUCAAACAUUCCCAACAAUCAUUUUUCGCAAUCGCUCUUAUACACACUGUUCUUCUCUCGAAUUCGUUUUUAUUUCUUCUUUUUUUUUCUUUUUUUUAUCAUUUCCUUGCGACGACGCACAAGUGGAUCCGCGUCAAGUAUCGCGCUCAGGUGAAUCGAACUUUGAUGAAUUUUCUUAUGGCCCCAGGAAAUUACGGAAUAGAAAUGUUUUCGACGCAAUUUCACUCCAGUCGUUAAAAAGUCAUCAGUAGAUAAUUGAGCACGAAUUAUCGAGGGGGUCGCAUGAAGAAAAUCGACAAAUAUCUUUCCUCGCGCGAAUAGAAGAUUUGCCUGUAAUAUACGUGCACAGAAAAUGCAUAAUUUUUCGUAUAUAGAGCGAGGAUUUACGCGCGUUGUACACGAGAGGAAUUUUCUUUCAUUUUUCUUCUAUUUUCUUCAUUCCCUCGUGUAUGUGUAAUAAUCGGGUUCUCCACUGUAUAUAUAUAUAAUGAUAUUCACGAACAACGGGUUAAAUCUCCUUUCUAUUGUAACAUAAUAAGCUCUAUUAUAUAAAUGUAUAUGUAAAAUAUAUAUAUAAUGUAUAUCGUAUGAUUAUACUUAUUGUUAUCGUUAUUUAUGAUUUGUCCGUGUCUCGGUUGAUCGCUGGCGUUCGUUGCGAUCGCGAUCGCGACGAGCGAUAAUAAUAUUUGAUUUUCAUCGAUUUCAUGAGACGCUAAAAAAAGAAAUGUUUCUCUUUUACAAAAAAAGAACGAAUUGAAAGAAAAUUCGCAAUGCGACGCGUAUCGCUUGAGCGAUCGACGUCUCAAUUUGUGAGUUCGAUUAGUACUACUAUAGUGCGUAAAAAAAAAGUUAUUGUAUUGUUAUAACGAACAAAAAUGAACAUUGCUUGUUGUUUUUAUUUCGUUCAUGUUUUUUUUUUUUUUUUUUCUUCGGAAACGCAUUGCAAACGCCAUGAAAUCGCUAUGCAAGCUGUCUUCUGUCUCUGCCCACCCUCUCCCUGCAAUGUAAAUAAAAAAACGACCCCGAAUAAAACGAAAAAAGAACUCUUGUACCAAUA